AGACCCCGAUGCGGGACAGCAAGAAAGAAAGCAGGACAACGAUAUGACUCGUCAACACUUACGACACUUCAUGCCAUUAUUCUACGAAUUUCUUUUCACAUUAGUUUGUAAUUUAAGUGCAGAACAAAAAUUGAAAAUUAAAUUAUAGCAUAAAAUGAAAAUCGCUAACAAAAUAUAAAUUGGCACGUGCCGGAGGUGCCCCCGCGGCGAACAGCGCACCAUUUUCAUAAGUCAUCGCUACGUAGAAGAUCCCCACCUACUGACUUCCCAAAAUACCCCUAUUAAUUAUCAUCGGGCCAUUCCCGGGAAAUAAAAUGCCUCUAUUUAUAUAGCCUCGCAUUUCUCAUUUUCAAAGAAGAAAGUAGACGGUAGAUAGCGCGAAGGCCCGGAGAAGAUGGGCACGACCGCCGUACUAAACAGGCCAGUGACAACCCUGUCCGUGGCCGCCUCCGCCGCCGCCGCUUUUCUCUUCUCCGGCGUUCUCUUCCUCUCCACUUUCAUCCUCCGCGGCGACAGCCCUUUCUUUUGCUCCCUCCCCCCCUCCAUCCAUCCUCAUCAACCGGCCGACGAACUCCUCUCCGCCAUUUUCCACUACGCGACUUCUUCAAUCGUACCCCAACAAUCCCGCUCCGAGAUUUCCAUUUCCCUUAACAUCCUGCGCCGCCGUUCCCCCUGCAACUUCCUCGUCUUCGGCCUCGGUCACGAUUCCCCCAUGUGGUCCGCCUUCAACGCCGGCGGCACCACCGUCUUCCUCGAAGAAGACCCUAAAUGGUUUCAAUUCGUGCUCCGCGACUUCCCCACCCUCCGCG